CGAAAGCUCCCGCCCAAAUCAUCCCUAGUUCAAACAAACAAACCCCAUUUUCAGUUAUCACACCCACUCACAGUUACCAUCUCUCCAGGGGCAAAUGGUGGCUCAGCAUCAAUCCCCGCCGUCGGCGAAUCAAAACCCUAGCUCCAGCAGUUCCAAAAGGGCUUAUCAUGUGGGAGGAAUCUCAGUGGAAUUCCCGUACCAGCCGUACGGAACGCAGCUAGCGUUCAUGGGUCGGGUCAUAUCGACGCUGGAGCGAGCUCAGAGGGAAGGACACUGCCACGCUUUGCUCGAAUCUCCUACUGGAACUGGGAAAUCUCUCUCGCUACUGUGUUCCACUCUGGCAUGGCAGCAGACCCAGAAGCUGAAGAAUCAGUAUGCGAAUCUCACCCUCUCUGAACCGGAUCCUGAGGCGAUGAUCUACCCGAACCCGAUCAUCGGUCAUGGCGGUGGAUUCGUCCCUGAAACGAAGCCUUCGAGAAAUUUGCUUGCGGGUGUGACAGAGUCAACAUCUCAAGCGGCGCCGAGCAGUAAAGCGCAGCAGAUGAAAUUGGCGCCUACUAUCUUUUAUGCAUCGAGGACGCACUCUCAAAUUUCCCAAGUGGUACGCGAAUAUCGGAAAACUGGCUACCGGGUUCCAAUGGCUAUACUGGCUUCAAGGAAACGUUACUGCACAAACGAAACUGUGAAUCGGUCUGGGAAUAUCGAUGAAAAAUGUAAACUGCUCACGAAGAAUCCCGAAGGUGGAUGCUCAUACUUUAAAAAUGUGGAGAAACUCAAGGACCAUGCAUCACUUCAAAAGGGAGGAUGCCACGAGGUCCAUGAUAUUGAAGAUCUUGUGAAAGUUGGAAAUGUUGUUGAAGGUUGCCCGUAUUAUGCUGCUCGCUUAAUGGCAGAGAAGGCACAGUUGGUUUUCUGCCCCUAUAGCUAUGUAAUUAAUCCAAUCGUUCGUCGUGCGAUGGAUAUUGACAUCCAAGGAGCCAUUCUUGUCCUAGAUGAAGCCCACAAUAUCGAAGACAUUGCUCGUGAUGCUGUUAGUGUGGAUCUCAAUGAAGAUGCUCUACAGAAACUACAGACAGAACUACGCCAAGUUUGUUCAGGCGAUGCGAUGAUAUACCAGCCACUGUAUAAAAUGACGCAGGACCUGUUGAGUUGGAUGGAGCGGAAGAAAAGCAAACUUGAGAUGCGUGAAUUUCAGCAGUUCUACUCUUGUUGGACAGGUGAUCAAGCUUUAAGGGAGCUCCAAGAAGCUAACAUCACUCAACUGAGCUUUCCAAUCUUGUUGGACUGUGCCCAAAAGACAAUUAAAGAUGCAACUGUUAAAGAGGCAAAAUUUGCUCUUUUAAGUGGCAUGUCCGUGACAACAUUGGAAGGUCUUUUCUCUGCGCUCAAAUAUUUUUUCUCAAGAAAUGGAUCCCACAUUUCUGAUUAUCAGCUUGCUGUCCAGCGAACUGUAAAAAAGGACACAAAAAACGUUGUUACUGGCUGGACACAUACUUUUAGCUUGUGGUGCUUGAAUCCAGCUGUUGUGUUCAAGGAAAUCACUGAUCUUUCCUUGUCAGUCAUUCUAACAUCUGGGACUCUGUCUCCUAUGAAUUCCUUCCCAUCUGAGCUUGGAGUGAACUUUGGAACUUGUAUAGAAGCCCCACACGUGGUUAAUAUUAAAUCACAGGUUUGGACUGCCGUCAUAUCCUCGAGUUAUGAAAAGUACCCAUUGAAUGCUAGUUAUAAGACAGCAUCUACAUUUGCCUUCCAGGAUGCACUUGGGAAAUCCUUGGAGGAAAUUUUGAAAGUUGUUCCCGCCGGCUCUCUUGUGUUCUUUCCAAGUUAUAGUAUGAUGGGAAAACUAUGCAAGCGGUGGCAAGAAACAGGUCAAUGGUCGAAACUACACGCACAGAAGUCCCUCUUUGUUGAGCCAAGAGGAGGAAACCAAGAGGAAUUUGACUCUCUUCUCAAGGGUUACUACAAGUCAGUUUCUGGGAGUGAAAAAGUUCCCGACCGGACUAAGAAAGGAAACAAAAAAGCAGACAUAAAAAAAAAUGGGGGUGCUUUUCUUGCUGUUUGCAGAGGAAAGGUCUCAGAAGGAAUAGAUUUUUCUGAUGAUAAUGCUCGAGUAGUUAUAAUAGUUGGGAUUCCUUUUCCAAACAUUAAUGAUGUUAAAGUUCACUUGAAGAAGAAGUACAAUGACACUUUCAAAUCAACUAAGAACCUUAUAAGUGGAAAUGAGUGGUACUGCCACCAAGCUUUCCGAGCACUGAAUCAAGCUGCAGGACGAUGCAUACGCCAUAAAAAUGACUAUGGAGCAAUCAUCCUUUUAGAUGAGCGCUAUCAGGAAGAGAGGAACUUGGCAUACAUUUCCAAGUGGCUCAGAAAAUCCAUUCAACACCAUGAUAGUUUCGACGAUGCGCUUGAAGGAUUAAAAAGAUUUUUCAAUGAUGCCAAGGCAGCUGUUGCUAUAAAUACACCCAGCCCACUGCUAAAUUUUGUGGUUAAGGAGGAGAAAGAUAUCACCAAGGAUCAGGAUAAUAGAUGUACAGGUGAAAGCAAUAAUAGGUGGAGCAAGCUGAGUUGUUGUGGACAGAAGCUAGUUGCUGCACCAAAAUGUAGCCCUUCUGCGAACUUUGACUCCAUACGAGAAGUGAAGCCAAUCAUAAUAGAAGAUGACAGUGAAAGUUGCAACGUUAUUGACCUAGAUCGCCACUCUCCGAAAGCCACUUGGUUAGCUGAGGCAUCUGACUCUUUAGAUCAUGCAGUAACCCUUGUCAGAACUCCAGAGUUGGUUUGGAAUAGGAUCCCAGCCACUGGCAGCCCAGAAUCUUCAUCUACUACGGCUAUGGAUUACGGCUUGAGUAAGAUUCAAGCCUUUACUGAGAUAACGACUCCUAACGAAGUUACUUACCGUGUCCAGGGUUCAUCCAUAUGCAGUCCUGAGAAAGUCUUUCGUAUAUCUACCUUUAGUCCAAUAUCAGAAGAAGAUGCUCCUAAGGUUCCGAGUGUUAACGCUCGUACCCAGAAAAGAAGGAAAUUAAUGGAUUCAGCUUUAUUUAUUCCUCAACAACAGACUGAUUGUGGCAAUACAAGUAAGUCAGGAUGUGUCAGCUUAACAAGAAGCCAUUUCUCUUACACAAACUCAAGUGAAAGAAAUAAUCGGUGGAGCAAGCUGGGUUGUCGUGGGCAGAAUCUAGUUGACGCACCAAAAUGUAGCCCUUCUGCGAACUUUGACUCCAAAGGAGAAGUGAAGCCAAUCAUAAUAGAAGAUGACAGUGAAAGUUGCAACGUUAUUGACCUAGAUUGCGACUCCCCAAAAGCCACUAGGUUAGCUGAAGCAUCUGAAUCUCUAGAUCUUGAAGUAACCGUUGUCGGAGAAACUCCAGAGUUGGUUUGCAAUGGGACCCCAGCCACUGGCAGCCCAGAACCCUCAUCUACUACGGCUAUGGAUUAUGGCUUGAGUAAGAUUCAAGCCUCUACUGAAAUAACAACUCCUAACGAAGUUACUUAUCGCGUCCAGGGUUCAUCCAUAUGCAGUCCUGAGAAAAUCUUUCGUAUAUCUACCUUUAGUCCAAAACCAGAAGCAGAUGCUCCUACGGUUCCGAGUGUUAACUCCCAUAUCCAGAUAAGAAGGAAGUUAAUGGAUUCAACUUUAUUUACUCCUAAACAAGAGUCUGAUUGUGGCAAUACAACAAAUUCAGGAUGUGUCAGCUUAACAAGAAGCCAUUUCUCUGACACAAACUCAAGUGGCAGGAAGCAGCAGCCUGUAUCUUUUGGUCCAGCUGUAGAGAAAAGGCUACGGAUUUCCUGCUUGCUAUGUAAAAAACCAUUGGGCCGUCCUGAGAACGACCUCUAUAUUGGGUGCUUGUCGACUUCAUCAUCAAAAGUUCACUUACUGUCCCUUGCAAAGCAAGUAUUAGAAAGUCAAGCUGAGACUAUAUCAACAUCCGUGCCUCUUGUCCAGGCGGACAUAUUGUCAGUAGAUCAUCAUCUCUGUAAUAGUAUUCGAGAUGAUGUUCCAAGUAAAGGGAUUUGGUCUGAGGAAGAUGGAUGUGUUUUCAAGUCUGUUUCUUGUCCAUUCUGCAGUCAGCCCCAUUGUCUUGGAGUUCAAGUCAUGGCAACUGAUGCAUCAAAUGUUGAGUUGCUUAACAAAAUACUUCUUUUCUAUGACCGUCUCGAAAUUCAGACGGUGGGAGCUUUAGGAGACAAAGCAUCAAAGAACAAUAACCAUGUCCGAAAGAACGGCUGUGUUGGUAAACCUGCUGCUCCAGCUCCCAUUGAGAGAUUCUCGUUCUCCCCACAACAGCAAGCUUGGUGGCUGGAGGAGUGCAAAGCUGAGUCUACAGAAGAAGAGGCCAAGGCGAUAAAGGGAAAGGGUUAAAGAUUAGAGGAAGCUUUGAACCACCCAUUUUUGCAGUGUAUAUACAGUUUGAUUUUGGAUGUACAUAGCAUUAGUCAGAAUAGGUUGAGUCCACUCCAGAGCAGCUUUAGACUCCAGCAAAUAGUUUGAUUCUGCCAUUCACUGCUGCCGGAUUGAGUUAUAAUGUUGAUUGGAUCUUGGUAAGUAGAUAACAAGGUCGGAUUAGAUUGGUUCAUUUGAUCGUUUACUUUGGUAGUGAGCACUCUAGUCUAGUGUAGUCUAACUUGGCAAAGUGAAAUCUGAAAGAUGGAAUGUACUUUCCCCGUAAAUGAUGAAUUCUUGAUUGGUUUAAUAAUGAAUCUGGUUUUGGCGUUAAUA